AUGAGCUACUACAGGAGCUACUACAGAGGCCUGGGCUAUGGCUAUGGAGGCUUUGGUGGCCUGGGCAGUGGUUAUGGCUGUGGCUGUGGGAGCUUCCGCAGACUGGGCCAUAGCUUCGGCUAUGGAGGCUAUGGAUUUGGCUGCUUCCGCCCAUCUUACUAUCGAAGAUAUGGAUUCUCUACCUUCUACUGA